CUGGGGCUCCGCUGCUGUCCGCUGUGCCUCCCCACAGCCGGCCUCCGAGCGGGCAUCGUGGCGGUGGGCACGCAGCCCGAAUUGGAUGGCAAAGGGUCACUUCUGGGUGCCUUCCGCGACUGUGGGACUCUCAUGUGGCUCUUAUGUGUAGAAGAUGGCUGAACGCUUGAAAAAGCCCUUCAAAGACAGCCUGAGUGACAUAAAAGAACGAAUGAAAGAGAAGAGAAAUCAGAAAUGGAUAAGGUUGGGUAAAACUAUCCAGAGCACAACUAUGAAGUGCAAAAGACCAACCAACAGCUCUGUGCAAAUGAAGAGCAUCCAAGCAAACAACAAAGCUCUGGCUCAGGCUUUGCAAGAGGAAAAGCUCAAACUCAGGGAUGCCCAAACUACCAUUUUUCAUUUAAUGAAAGAGUAUCAAGAUCUGAAGUUUCAGAUGUUUGCCUUGCAAAGAAAUCUUUGCUUCAAGCAAGCACAAGGACUUGUUGAGACUAAACUGUCAGCCUUGGGUGAGAUAAUCUCAAAAGUUUCUAAGAACUUACUGGAGUCGGUUGAUCUCCUUGGCCCAGCAAAGGACUUGUGUUCCAUAGGUGUAAAUCAGAGAGUGCUUUCUUCAGUGCUUGAAAAUAAUUCCAGUGUCAUAAGAAAAAUAAGUUCUGUAGAGCUUCCACAGUGUGCUGAUGGAGGUGAUCAUGUACUUCCAAGUAGACUGAUGGCUGAUAGUGAAACAAACGAGCCGUCUCAUUCUGUGACAGAUACUUGUCAGUUACCUGGCCAUGCCAUUUCUUCAAUCGAAGUAAUUCUAGACAAAGGGCAAACAUCUGAUUUUCAUGUGGACAACAUAGUGUCAGAGCUGGAUUCUUCAAAUGGAGAUGGAUUUAGUACCGUGUUACCAAAAAAUGUGUCCACCAGGCGUCGCGGUUCAAAGAUGAGAAAUCAAGAUGAACUUUGCAUGGGUAUCUUGGACUGGUUGGAAGCACCUGAUUCAACAAGAAUGCCUUCUAAACAGGAUGAAAUUGGACUUGAAAGUCUAUAUACCUGUACUAUAAAAAACACAAAUUCAGAUAUUUCUCAUGUAAACGAGGUAGGUUCAGAGCUGGUGUUGAGGCAGUUGGAUUCUGAAACUGCAAAAGUCAAUUCAGACAACAGUGUUGAUCUUAAGCAACAUAAAUAUAAAAGCAGAGAAGGCUCUCAACUAAUAAGAGAGAGGCAUCAGAAGGUAAAAGUGGAAGGGACUAAAAAUACUUCCAGACCAAGACAAAAGAAAAGACAGGGUAAAGAGAAUUCCAAAGAAAAACUGGAUUUCUUGGGUGGCUCCAGUGAUGCUUAUGACUUCAAUUUUGAAGAGAGUGUCCACGUUACACCUUUUCGACAAAAUAAGGUCAAUGACACAGAUACUGUUGUAGAUGACAAAGAAAAUUCAUCUGUAACUAAUACCAUGGAGUCAAGUGAUAUUGAAGAAGAUUCAGAUGAUAGCCUUUAUGUACCUUAUAAGAGUAAAUCCAAAAAAAGGAAAAGUUCAGUGGACAAGGCAGAUAUGUCACCGGUCCAUGUAAGGCCAAGGUCUAAAAGAUGUUUGGUACAGCAUGAGCAGAAACUCUUCAAUGAAAAGGAGACUGAAAGCAAUAAAUCAAGUGACAAGUCUGUUAAGCAAUCUUCUGAGCCAUCUCGUGGUCAUCUCUGUGAUGUUACCAAUACUGCUUCAUCACUCCCUAGCAGUGGGAGUGUACCUAUUGUCCCUGAAGGCGAAAGACCACCAUCUCCAAAACGCAAGCGUAGCUGUACUCUUAUCGUGAGCUAUAAAGAACCAAGUAUUUCAGGGAAACUUAGAAGAGGAGAUCCAUUUACAGAUGUGUAUUUUCUGAAUUCGCCAAUUUUCAAGCAGAAAAAAGAUUCUAAAAGCAGCACUAUUAGGAAGAGAUCUCUAUCAAAAUACAACGAGAAAUUUGUUGGUUGUUGAGAUUUUUUGUCAUGCUCACAAACUAUGAAGAAAGGAACACUUUCAUCCAAGAAACUAUUAUACCAUGCAACUAUGUCUAGUUGUCUAAUAGUAAGAAUAUAAAAUGAAGCUUUUUGCCUUUAAUCCAAUAACUUUGUUUUUGGUGAUGUAGGAGAGACAGAUUACCUUUAAUAAUAACUAAGCUGAUUCCAUUUAAACUGUUUGGGGAGGAAACAUUCCUACAUCCUGAAUCUGUGAUUGUCAGAAAUGUGAUGGAAAAGAUGGUGAAUGAAAUUUUAUGACUUAUAUCCUGCUUCAUCUGACUGGCUGGCACAGGUGUGAACCUCAGGCACUAAAGAUCUAAAUUUUUUUUAAUAACCACGUUUGUACAGAUCUUAUUUAUGUAAUGGUUGUAGUUUCAUACUGAAGCUCAUAAUAAAUGCGUUUCUGUUGGAAA